AUGGCGUCCACCGGCUGUGCCAAAGAAACGGACGAUAAAAAGACCAAGGCCAAGAAAGGAUGGACUGAAAAACAUUCGAGUUUUAACAAAACGGAAACGGAAACUAUUUGUGUUUCGGAAGCGAUUUCGCGUCCGAUCAACAGACUUGUGAAGACCGAGAAGAAAAGUGCACGACCGACGGCGAACCCGACCACGGUUUGCCUGAAAGCCGAAACCCUACACGAAUCCAAAGAGGAAUUCGCGCAAAGACUGCGGCAAGCGUGGACCGACCGGGAAAAAUCGAAGUCUUGCAUAAACAUAUAUUUGGCCAGGAACGUGGUCGAGGACCCUUCGAUGGAGAUCACGGGUCAAGAAGUACCGAAAACACCGGCGGAAGGUCCGCAACGGCACGACUCUGGCCGGGCCGCGCUGGAGGUGCAGUUACCGAACAACGUGGCCGAGAGCGAAGAGUCUUGCGACGAGGAGAAGAAACCCUUAUCGGCGGCCGCGAGGAGGGUUCGGUUUUACAAAAAUUCGAAAAAACAAAACGACAGGCAACACGUUUUUACCAGGGCUAUGUCGGCGCCUUCGACGAGGCCCCUUCACCAGCAGAACUCUGCCCAAGGUACGCUGCACGCGAUGAACUCUCGAAGACAGGAAAUUCACAGGUUCCAAUCCAGGAAACUAAAGUCCUGCCGAAGCAAAGCUUUUCACAAGAGCAUCGACACAGAAGGCCAACAACCGAACGCAAGACGUGCUGUCAAGAAGAAUCAAAACGCAGAAGUCAUAACGAUGAUGUCUCUGUUGAGCCCGGUCGGCAGCGACACCGAGGACACUGCCGUUACCGACCAAGUCCCCGCGAAAACCGUGACGUUUCCUCAGUUCAGCAGCAACAUUCGUUAUCAUCAGAAGUCAUUCGACAGUGCCGUGCAGUCGAUCGAAAAACAAAAGCCGUCGAACAACAAUCGCACGGGAAAAUCGUUGAUCAAAUCCAGAACAAUCGACUCGACGAGGGAAGAUGAAGACGCUGCUGAGAAAACGAAAGUGGCCCAAAACCUGACCGAAAUAGUCGAUGUUGAAGUGCGGGCUGACGGUGCUGCCGAAAUGGCCGUUUGCCCUAACGUGGCCGACGGCCAGCCGUUGUUGCAAUCCGACAAGGAAAAAGAGUGUUGGGCGCUUUUCAAAAAAAUGACUGACAAAGGCGUUUCUGUCACAUUUGACACCAUACUCAGAGGGAUGUUGACGCCCACCGAAUACAGGCUGAGGAAAAGCGAGCUACUAUCAUACGGUUAAACAACGCGUUUUUCUAACCACACGAUGACCAUAUUAUAAUAUAAUAUAUAUUAUAAAUAAUAAUAUAUGUUUCUGCGAUCCGUUAAACCAACGCUUGCGUCUAUAUAGACUUAACGUAACAAUGAAUAGCUGUUUAGGGCCUAUUGUUUUUUUUUCAAAAACACCAUUGGCGUGAAUAUACAAUUACAAUUAUUUUAAUAGUCGCUGUUGUUAUAUUAUACAUCACGAUGGACAUGUAUAUAGUAUACGUAUACUAUAUACAUGUACACAUAUACGCUCUCUAAAUAGGCCCUAGUAAAAAAAAAAUUUAAAAAAAAUAAUGGUUUAAUCAUGCAAAAGACAAAAGCAAAAUUGAAAGAAAAAAAAUUCUAUAUGCAUAUAUGUAUAGGGUACCCGCUGAUCAAGUUUAAGAACUCAAGUCUCUCUUUAGAGAUAAUACAAUAAAGGAGCUCUCAUACGGUAUUAUAUCGAUCAUAAUAUGAUAUGCAUAAUGAUGGAGUGACAGCAAGGAAAUUUAGUAUUUCUUUACUACUAUGAUAAUAAUUAAUAAUAUUGAUCGCGUGUAGUAGAUAAUGAAUGACAUCAGUAUAAUAUUGUAUUUAUUAUAUUAUUUAUGUUUAGCUUCGGCGAGAAUGUAAUGUAUUGUAA